AUGGAAGCUGACGAAUCACUCGUUCGUCUUCUGGAUCUCUUUAAUUAUUCCUGGUUCGAAAAACAAAUUUUCGAGCGAAAUUCGAUCCCCGCAUCUGAUGAUGCGGGUGCGAAUUUAGCUGAUACCAAAUUCCUCCAUCAACAGAUUGAACCGAAGCUGGCUCGGAUCUCGACCAGCACUCAUGCAGAUGACAAGUCAACUAGCUCUCAAGAAAGCUUGAGCAGUGGAGGAGGCUCGGACACUCUCCUCUCUCCCAACUCAGUCCUGAUGAUUAGGUCACCGAUGAAGCUCGAAACUAUUCUCUCUGGCAAAGAAUCUACAGACGAGGUACCUGAACCGGUGACCAUGCAAAAAACCGAUGAUAAGAAAGUGAGUCCUACUAGGAGGAGGAGGAAAGGCAAGGGCCAGACCACUAAGAGUCUCUCGGAGCUCGAGUUCGAGGAGCUGAAAGGGUUUAUGGAUCUAGGGUUCGUGUUCUCAGAAGAAGACAAGAAUUCGAGGUUAGCUGAGAUUAUUCCAGCGUUACAAAGAUUCGGAAAAGAAGAAGAGGAGAAUAUUAAAAAUUCUGUGGCAGCUGCAGCUUCUUCAAAGAAGCCCUAUCUUUCACAAGCAUGGGAAGAUAUGGAGUAUAGAAGAAAAGCUGCUGAGAAACUCAAGUGGAAGAUUAAUGCAGCUGUGGAUAAUGAAAUGGAUAUGAAACACCAGCUCAAAUUUUGGGCUCAUUCGGUUGCAUCUGCUAUCAAGUGA